AUGGCAGGAAGAAAUGAACCAAUGAUAAUACAAGGAAAUCCAUCGACUGAAAUAAAUGUUUUAUUAUUAGGACAAACAGGUGUUGGAAAAUCAACAUUUAUAAAUGGUUUAGCAAAUUAUUUUUGUAAUGAUACAUUAGAUGAAGCAGUUAAUGAUCAAAUUCAAGCUGUCAUACCAUCUUUAUUUUGUUAUACUGAUGAUGAUACUUUUGAAGAAAAAUAUAUUAAAAUUGGACAAAUAAAUGAAUCAGAAAAUACUACCGUUUUUGGUCAAUCAUGUACAAAACAAUGUCAAAGUUUUAUUUUUCCAAUUGGUAAUAGAAAUUUACGAAUAAUUGAUGCACCAGGUAUUGGAGAUACACGUGGUCUUGAACAAGACACUAAAAAUUUUCAUGAAAUUUUAACAUUUAUUUCUCAAUAUGAACAUUUAAAUGCAAUUUGUAUUUUACUUAAACCAAAUGAAGAACGUUUAUCAAUACUUUUUCGAUUUUGUAUUAAUGAACUUCUUCGACAUUUACAUAUAAGUGCAUGUGAUAAUAUUAUAUUUAUUUUUACAAAUUCUCGUUCAACAUUUUUUAAACCCGGAAGUACAUCAAUAAAUCUUAAAGAACUUUUAAAACAACAUAAAGAACAAUAUGAUGUUGAUGUACCUUUUACAAAAGAAAAUACUUUUUUAUUAGAUAAUGAACCAUUUAGAUAUUUAGCAUUACGUCGAAAUGAUAUUCAAUUAAAUAAUGAACAAACAUUAAGUUAUCAAAAAAGUUGGGAUCAUACUGUUAAAGAAUAUUCUAAUCUUAUAUCUCAUAUUGUUACACGUCCACUUCAUGCUGUUAGUAAUACACUUUCACUUAAUGAAGCUGAACAAUUAAUUAGAAAACUUACACGUCCAAUAGCUGAAACAACAAGACUUAUUCAACAAGAUAUUCAACUUGCUCAACAACAUAAAGAAAAUGUUCUUAAAAAUCCUCGAAUAGCUUCUCAAGGCAUACCACAAAAUCAAGUAUCAAUUCAUCAAUUAGAUCAUCCAAGAACUGUAUGUACUAAUGAAAAAUGUUGUCGAUCUAUUUAUGUUAAUAAUCAAACAAAAAUUGAAUAUAUAUCUAAAUGUCAUGAAGAAUGUUAUUUGAAAGGUGUUGUACAAGAAACUAUUAAAGAUCCAAGAAUGAGAGAAUGUGAAAUUAUGCAUUAUCGUACAGGUAUGUGUCAAAAAUGUGGUUGUUCAUGGAAAGAACAUCAACAUAUAACUUAUGAAUAUGAAACAAAAUUAAUUCAUCUUAAUGAAUCAUCUUCAUUAAAUGAUAUUGAUCAAAGACUUCGUGAUUUACGUUUUGAAAAAGAUCAAAUCGAAAAUGUUUAUAAAAAACUUGCAAAAUUUCUUCAUGCAAAUUCAAUUCUUCCAUUAAAUGAUGAUAUUUUAGAAUAUCUUAAACAUUUUAUACGAGAAGAACAAAUGAAAAAAAAUUCUGGAGGACAAAAUAAUGAUAUUAUUAAUAAUCUUGAACAAAUGAUGAAAAAUUAUGAAGAAGAAAUUAAUCUUUUUAAAGAAACAAUUAAAAAUGAUAAAGAUCCAUCAAAUCGAAAAGAUGUACUUAAAUCUGAUGAAAUAUUUCCUUUAGUUGGUACUCUUUAUCGAUUACCUAUUAAUGGAAGUCAAAUUCGUGAACAAGUUAAUGGAUUAAAAUUAAAUCAAGAAAAUUUAUCAGCUAAACGAGAAAUUUUUGUUCAAUUACCAGCUAAAGCCAAUUCAUCGAAAGUUAUGCUUCAAUUCAAAAAUAUUAUUUCAUCAAGCUAA